UUUGACAGUUGGUCUUCGUGUUUGUGUUCGUGUCGCUGCAAACAUCUUUUUAGUAUGAAGUUUUCGUCUAAGAAAAAAACAGCAAACAGCCACCGAAAAAAUUAUUAAACCUGUGAACAGUGCCUGUAGUUCGUAAAGAAAUUUAGUGAAAAAGAUAUUUGCUAUGCUUUCGGAUUCCGACAGUUCUGAUUCGGAUAAUGGAAUCCGUUUCAAGACUGCAUCGACCCGAAACAAAGAAGACAAUUCGUCGUCAUCGAGAAGCAAUGGCACCCGGGACAGAGGUCGAACAGACGACAAUUCACACUCGACCAAAAGUCGUCACGAUAGAGAACGGCAUCGGUCACCCGAUCGAAGUCGUCGGAGCGACAGUCGUGACCGUGAUCGUCGACGGAACAGAUCGAAUAGCAAUGAUCGAGGCGGUAGAGUGGUAGCGAGAGAUGGCGAACGUUCGAGUCGAGACCGUGGAGCUAAAGAAAAAUCGGACAGAGACAAAAUUAGCCGGGAACGUACACACAGAGAACAUACGAAGUCGGAAAAAACGAAUCGAGAUCGAUCGACCAAUGAUGAAAGGCGUGAAAGAAAUGCACAUGACGAUCUCAGUCGCGAUCGUUCUAAUCGUUCGCGAAUUGUUAAAUAUUCGAGUCGAGAUCGAGGAGACCUCAGUCGAGACCGUCAAACUAGAGACCAUAGUCGAGAUCGUAUAGCGAGAGACCAUAGUCGAGAUCGUACAGCAAGAGAUCAUAGUCGAGAUCGUACAGCAAGAGACCAUAGUCGAGAUCGUACAGCAAGAGACCGCAGUCGAGACCGUUUAACAAGAGACCAUAGUAGAGAUCGUUUAACACGUGACCGCAGUCGAGACCGUUUAACGCGUGACCGCAGUCGAGAUCGUUUGACAAGGGACCACAGUCGAGAUCGUCCAGCGAAAGACCAUAGUCGAGACCACUCUGUACGGGAAUCAACACGAAAUUCGCUGAAUGACAACGACCGUCAUCGACACGGUGAUCGUCGUCGCAGUGCAAGUAGAGAACGGAUUUGCGAACCUCUUGAAAGAAGAGUUGAUACUAGGCGAACGGAAACGUCUCGUGUGGAAUCCAAUGACAAAAACGAAAAGUCUGUGAUUGUUAUAGACAUUGAUGAAGACACUGUAGACAAACACAAAUCAAAGAAAAUCAAGCACAAAAAGCAUAAGCGGUCGCGCCGAGAGGAUAACGGAGGUGAUAUAUGCAAGUCAACUGAUCGGGAAAUAUCACCUGCACUUCGUGAUAAGAGUUUCACGCCUGAACACCAUCACAACCACAAAAGCAAUAGUGACCACAGCAAUUCCAUAUGUGGCCCAUCGCUUCCACCUCAUUUGAAACAUUCUCGGUCGCAUAGUUCCGAUCGCAAAGAGAAAUCUCGCCGUAGCAUCGAAUCAUCUGUACCGCUAGGCCCCGCAUUACCACCGUCGUAUUCAUCAUCGUCUUCUUCAAAAUCAGCGGAAAAAUCCAACCGUUCCGAACGGAAAGUUAUUGGACCGAGCGCACCAUCUCAAAUGUUACUGGAUGAACAUGCAAUGUCCGAUAUUUCAGAUUCUGAGGACGAUGACCUGAUCGGACCGCUUCCAGUCGGUGUCGGCAAGUCCGAAGCUCAUUUGGAAUUGGAGAAACGGGCCUUAGAACUGAAAUUGGCCAAAUAUGCCGAAGAAGAUCGGGCGAAAAGUCCGGCUCGUGAGGAGUGGAUGAUUGAACUUCCCGAGGUGAAAGCCGUCGCCAAUCUUGGCUUGGGUGCACGACAAUUCCGUACUAAAGAGCGGCCUGAUAUGAGUGACCGUUCGGGAUGGACGGAGACGCCAAAAGAGAAAGAACGAAAAUCCCGUCACAGGGGUUUGUCAUCGGACGAAAUUAAGCGGAAUAAGAAACGAGAAGCCGAAGUGCUAUAUACAGCCAAACGGGACGCCGAACAAGAAGAGGCGGUUAGAAGACAUAGUAAAAAGCAUCAUCGCGAUGAAUCAUUGUUGGAAAUUCACCAAAAGAAAAUGAAGAAGAAACGAGAGAAAGAACCCGAGAAACCGUCAAGAAGACCAUUCGAUCGGGACGCAGACCUGAAGGUACAUCGAUUCGAUCAAGCGCAAAAGAACUCCAUUUUGAAGAAAGCGCAACUGUUAGGUAGCCGAUUUGGAAGUGGUGAAUCGAAAUAUUUGUAGUUUUCAAUUCUUUUCAUUUCAUUUUUGGAAAUCAGUGAGCUGUAACUUGUUGUCUUUUUAUUUAAAUAAAAACUUAGGCAAAAAUCA